AUGGCAUCUAAUGGCAUGCCAAUCUUGUCAUUUGAGCCGCUACACCCGACCUUUGGGGCCGAAUGCGUUGGAGUCGACUUCUCAAAACCGUUGACGGAAGAGAGCAUUGCUGAAAUCCGUACUGGGAUGGCAAAGUAUGGUGUGCUCGUCUUUCGCGCCACGGGCUUAGAUGAUGCCAGGCACGAAGCAUUUGCGCGAAAUUUUGGCGAGCCAGAUCUUUCUGCUGUUAAUCCGACCGCUGCCAAAAAGCUUCGGCUGGCGCCACAUAUGGAACUCGCUGAUGCGGGCAAUCUGGACGCAAAUGGCAAAUUAGUCUCCAAAGACAGCUUGAGAUAUCAGAUCAACCUUGGUAAUGGCCAGUUCCAUGUUGACUGCUCCUACAAUGCUCGUCGUGCCGGUUACUCCAUCCUCCGUGCCCACGAGCUCCCUCCUCCGGGUACAGGUGGUGGAACGGCAUUCGCAGACACAAGAACGGCCUAUCAUGAUCUUGAAAGCGGCACGAAGCAAGAUAUCAAGGAUAUUAUUCUGUGGCAUUCUAUACUUCACAGUAGACAAGCUGCUGCCCCAAGUUGCGAGCUUCUCAAUAUGUUGGAUGUGGAGGAUUUGCCAAUGAGUCGCCACCAGCUAGUACAGCUGCACGAACCGAGCGGUCGCAUGAAUCUAUACAUAGCGUCGCAUGCGUAUAGUAUUAAAGGAAAAAGUAAAGCAGAAAGCCAGCCGGUGAUCCAACGGCUCCUGGAACAUGCGAGCCAGGAGAAGUACGUGUUUAGAGUCAAUUGGCAGAACGAAGGUGAUAUCGUUAUGUGGGACAAUACUUGCGUCAUGCACAAGGCGUGCGGUGGCUCGUUUCAAGGUCGAUAUGCUCGGGAUAUGCGAAGGGCAACCAUCUACGACUCGUCCUCUACCGCUUAUGGCAUGAACACUUUCUGGAGCCAAACCUGGGAGAAGAUUCGUGUCAUAGUCACUGCAAUAGUCUUCGUAAAA